GCCAACACAUUCUAUAUAUUCAGUUAACUUCUCGAAAAGAUUUCUCUUUUCUCCUGUCACUUGAGCUGAGAGCCAGUUUUUGUUUCUACCUACUCUAACCUCAUUAAUUUUGAUCCAACUCAUUUCAAACAACAAAAAUGUGGCAAGGUUGUGUAAUUCAUGAGGACCUGCUGAAGUCAAGGAACAGACUGACCCCGACUGCCCUGCCAGACCAAUAUCUACUGCCCAACAGGCCAAAGCGUCAGAGAAACCAAGUGCAGACGGUCGAUAACAAAAUCGUCUCUGCCUUUAUUUAUGAUGAUUCUCAGAUCCCUUCUGUCAUUCACCACACCGUGGGGCACCUCAGAUCUCGACUCAUGGAGGUCAGUCAGUGGAAGACCCACAUCUCUGAGUGCAUUAGCCAAGUGGACCAAGAAAUUUCUGCUGUGGAACAGAUGAAAGAUGUUGUUGAGCACUGUCUUCAUGAGACGCAGGUGUACAGUCACCUCAUGAGUGACUGUGUGGCACUCAGUGGCAGCUUGAGCUCAUCAAGUCUUGGCCCGAGACAAGACCCGGUCCUUUCUGACCUGAAGAAAGAAGAGCAGUUGACCAGCGAGAGCAGAGAGCUGCUUCAAAACCAUACUUAUGUCCUGCUUGACAAGCUAAGUUCUCUGCAGAAAAUCCGCCAUCAGCUUCUGGGAGAUUUUCAGGACAAAUGUGAAACCAUCAAACUCACCAAGAAAUGCAUCACUGAUGGCCCUAACAUGCCAUGUUUCCAGCUGCCUGCUACUCAAAGCAAGCCCACCCAUGUAAGCCAUGAUGAUUGGCACUCUCACUGCAAAACCCUGAGGCUGACAGCGAAUGACCUAUUUAAGGGGUCGUCAUUGUUCAGGAGGAACUUGCAAUUAUUUCUGGUUAAUCUAAAAAACACCCAAGAGAACCUACGCCGCAGCACACAGAGCUCUCUGAGGAGGAAGAUCCAUGAGCUGACCAGGGACAAUGAAACACUGAACUGGGAGAGGCAAAGGUAUGUGUUUUCAAACCCUCAGAUCCAGAAUGAGAUAUCUGAUCUGACAAAAUACAUACAGAUAAUGACAAGUCAGAUCAGGAACUGUGAUUCCAGGUUGGAUCAGGCCACCCACUGCCUGGAAAUGCUCAACCAGAGACCCAGAUAUGAGCUCUGCCGGGACCACCCUCAUAUCAGUCUCACCCGAGAGAGAUGGGACCUGGCAAAAAUGACAGACAGAUUUUUCUCUGCGCUGAAGCGCGCCCAAAAAGAUCUUGAGCUUGAACAGAAGCACCUGGUAAUUCUGGACAACAAACUAGUCCAAAAUGAUCGUACCCUGCAGGUGCAGCAGAGAUGCUAUAACCUGCACCAGAGCUUUCUGCCUGCCCUUGACAACGCUGUGGUCCUUGCUAACAAGGCUAUGCCACAAGCAGCUACAAACAGCACCCACACUCACAACAAUCAACAGUGCAGUGCAUUAGCAAUCUGCUGGCGCGUGUAGUCUUCUCCAUGUGUUGUUACUUUCAUUAAAAUACA